AUGUUAAAUCUGGUAUGCAAAUUACUGUUUAGACCGUGUUUGGAACGGGAUUUGAACGCAGUGCAGCACCGCUAUUAUAUAAAUGAUUGUAAACCGUGUGUGAACCUAAAUUGUUACUCGGGAAGUAUAUCUGUACAUUCUACUGCCAAAGACCAUUUUAUACUUCAAAAACCUAAAACUACAUUUAGCCUACCAACAAAUGAUUUUUUAUUAUACAAUGGACCAUUGAGUAUUAAAGAAGCUAAACUGAAAGAUGUGAGAGAUUUGGCAUCUAAGUAUGUUCCUCCUGAAUAUUUAUGGUAUUAUUCAAAUCUCAGAUCAGAUGAAAAUGAAGAUAAUGAAUUUAUUGGAGAUGUCCUGUUGUUGCCCCCAGGUCUUCAAUUUAAUUCAACCACUAAUGAAAUUGAUGGGUUUGUUGAUUCUGGAGAUAAUAAGAGUCAACUACUUGCUGAUCACGCUCUUGUAUUUAUGGUCCGUGGGAUUAAAAAAAAAUUUAAGCAGCCAAUAUCUUAUACAUUUUGCCAAGGAGCUACCAAACAACAUGAUCUUGUGCGACAAUUGAAAGAAGUAAUUUGUCAAGUCCAAGCGACUGGUUUGUGUGUGGUUGCCACUAUAUGUGAUCAGAGAUGUGCAAAUGAAGGUGCUAUAAAUAUUUUAAAAAAUGAAACUAAAUCAUAUUACGUAAAACAUCAAAAGGACUACCGGGAUGACAUUUAUGAAAUUGAAGUUAAAUCUGACGAUGGUGUAGAACGCAUUCCUAUUGUACAUUUGUUUGAUGUACCCCAUCUUUUAAAAUGUACAAGGAAUAACCUUAUGACCAAAGAUUUAUGCUUUUCUUCUGAUAGAGUCAAACUAACUGCCAAAUGGGAUCAUUUAAGGCAAUUGUACAAUUUAGACAGUCUCAUAGCAGACUGUAAAAUGCUUCCUCGUUUAAGAGGGCGUCACAGUAGAAAAAAAUCGACCGUAAAACAUGCUUUCGUACUUCCAAUAGUUCUCAAGCCUCGUUGA